AUGGUAUUCGAUGGUUUUAGGGUGUGCCUACGACCUUUGCUUCCUGGUUUAGAUGUUUCGGAUUUAUCAAAAGCGUUCAUAUCAUAUACUGAUGUGGGGAGAAGCAAGUAUGUACGGCGGAAAGACCUCAAGGCCCGGUGGUACUUCGACUGUGAGUGCUCCCGCUGUGUUGAUCCGGCCGAUGACAUGCUGACCGCUAUCAAAUGUUCCACGCCAGGAUGUUCAGAACCGUUGAUAAUCACUGAGACGUCGGAGCCGUGCUAUAUAGCCUGUCCAAAGUGCCGUGGAAUGACCGACGAUAGUACAGUAAAAGAGGCACAAGAGCUGAUGAAGAGUCUUCCGGCUUCAUUUGAUCCUCAAUGCCCUGCAGAAAAG